AAAUGAAGUCUUUUUUUCAAAGAGCUUGCCUCCCAGCUGGCUCCCGGCCCUUGCAUCUUGGCUGAUUCGAGGCGUAUGGGGAGACAAGAACCUAAAGGUGGAGACCGAUUUUGAUGCUGUGACAGAUUUGAUGCGGAGCGGGCCUUAGAGGAUCUCUGAGUGGAAAGUGGACUACAAACUCUCGCGCUCAUCACGCGUCUCCUCUGCCGCCGACAGCCCACCAGGGGUGGGCCGGAUUUAUUCCUGACACUAGCGGACCAACCCCGGGACGGGGCGGAGCCAGGGAGUUGGGGGAACCCAGGAGGCGGGGGCUGCCCGACCUGGGCGGGGGGUGGCAAACUGAGCGGAGUGUGGAGGAGGGUAGCUACAGUUCAAAGGUCAGAGGUCAACGUAGCGACUUGUGAGAGGGUCGAAAGUCAGCAGGGUGCUAAGGAUAGACUCAGGUAGGGACUGAAUACUCGGCACAGAUUUGUGGGAAGGGGGCUUGGAAGGAGGACAAACGAGAGCAGAGGGGGCGCGAAGUGCCGGGGGAGGCGGAGAGUUAGGAGGGGAGACAGAAGGGGAAAGGAAUCCCCUGGAUAUCCGUUCCUAGACCCCAGUCCCAUCACUGUCGGGCACUUAGCCAGGUCUCCCUUAGCUGCAACCCCGGCUGUCGACAGGGUGAGGAGAUGGCUUCUCCCUCUAGACAGGCCCCCCUCGGGGGGUCAGGACUGCUUCAAGGGAGCCGGGCUCGUUCUUACGGAAGCCUGGUGCAGUCCGCCUGCUCCCCGGUGAGGGAAAGACGCCUGGAGCAUCAGUUGGCCCCCGGAGACACCCUGGCUGGACUAGCACUCAAAUACGGGGUGACGAUGGAACAGAUUAAGCGUGCAAACCGCCUUUAUACUAAUGACUCCAUCUUCCUGAAGAAAACCCUCUACAUCCCCAUCCUGACAGAGCCCCGAGAGCUGUUCAAUGGUUUGGAUUCUGAGGAAGAGAAGGAUGGAGAGGAAGAGGCACAGUCAAGUAAGGAUGAAGCUCGGCCACCCUCAGCUGGCGGGAAGAAACAAGAGACAGGUUCAGGCCGUGCUAACGGGGAAGUCCUUCCCACACCUGGCCGGGAACCCCCAACUCCCAUCCAUGACCUCUCUGCCUCUGAUUUCCUGAAGAAGCUUGAUUCACAGAUCAGCCUGUCAAAGAAGGCUGCCGCCCAGAAGCUGAAAAAGGGGGAAAGUGGCCGCAGUGUACCUGGGGAGGGUUCAGGCCUUCACCUGAGCCCCCCACGGAUGCAGCAGCGAGCAGUCCUAGGUCCAGUGCCGCUGACCCAGACCGCUCGGACCCGGACGCUUCGGGACCAGGAGGAUGAAAUCUUCAAACUCUGAUGUCCCCAGAACUGAUUGAGAGAAGAUGUUGA